CCCGGCUCAGUUGUCCCGCCGCACAACAGCAACCGCAACGUUCCGCUCGCGUACCUGUCCCGCCGCACAGUCGAUCCGGCAGACGUCACCUCGUGGUCUCGCGCGCACGCUACGGUACGCAUUAUCGCGCUCGCGGUCCCGCCGACGGGUAGUGCCGAGCGUUUUUACACUUAUGAAGUUUUCCAAACUGGUUGGCAACAGCUGGCACAAUGACGUGCUCGUCCAACUCAAGCAGAGAGUGCCUGGUCGUGCCCACCAAGAACGGCAUGAACGAGAGGAGCUACAUAUUGCAGGCAAACACUCAGGCGAUGGACGAAGGCGACACCCUCAAGAACUGUCCGAAGUUUGCGAGUUUCAACUACAUCAACUCUAUCAUCGGCAGCGGAGUAAUUGGUAUUCCAUAUGCGUUUAAUUUGGCCGGUGUAGGACUUGGAGUCAUUCUGCUAGUGACUGUAGCCCUUGUCACCGACUAUUCGUUGGUGUUAAUGUUGAGGAGUGCACACCUGAGCGGUUCCUUUUCUUAUCAGUCACUCAUGAAAUCUGCAUUUGGCAAAUCCGGAUUCGUAGUUCUGUCAUUUUUGCAAUUCACCUAUCCAUUUAUAGCCAUGAUAAGUUACAAUAUCAUUGUGGGCGACACCGCCACCAAAGUGCUGAUACGGUUGUUCUCCUUGUCACACGAUUCGAUUUUCGCCCAGCGGUACUUCGUCAUAGCCAUGGCCACGAUAUUCAUCACCACACCGCUGUGCAUGCUGAGAAACGUCGCCAGGUUGGCCAAAGCGUCCAUCGUGUCGUUUGUCAUGGUGUUGAUCAUAUUCGGCACGAUCGUCGCCAGAUACGAAUCUCUAUACGAAGUCAUAUCCAAAACUUCAGAAGUCGGCGACGUCGGUUCCUGGGACUUUGCACGACCUGGGGCCAUCCAAGCGAUCGGGAUCAUGUCGUUCGGCUUCAUGUGUCACCACAAUGUAUUCCUAUUAUACGACUCCAUCCAAGGAGCUUCCCAGAACGUUUGGAAUUGGGUAACGCACUUCGCCAUCACCAUUUCGGUGGCGCUGAUGAUCGCUUUCGGACUCGUCGGAUUCGCCACGUUUGGCGAUUUAACCCAAGGCGAUUUGUUGGAAAACUACUGUUGGAACGACGACUUGAUCAACGUCUCCAGGCUGUUGUUCUCGUUGAUCACUCUUUUGACCUUUCCGCUGGAGUGUAUGGUCACCAAGGCCGUGGUCGACCAGACCUUGAGGGGAGGCACCGACCCCAUGCCCGUGGCCAUGUCCAAGAAGAGACACGCCAUCAUCACUGUAUCCAUUCUGGUGGUCACUUAUCUGGUGUCCAUAUCGACCACGUGUCUGGGAAUAGCGUUGGAACUCAACGGAGUUAUCGCCGCCAUCCCUUUGGCGUUCGUUUUGCCGGCGGCCAUUUACAUCAAAUUGUCAGAUGAGCCGUGGACGAAAAAAAUUCCAGCGUACUGUCUCGCCCUGUUCGGCACCGUGGUGGCAGCUUCCGGUGUUUCGUUGGUCGUUUAUGAGAUCAUAUCGACCACAACCAACUCGUGUGAUAACACUCACAUCAUGGAAUACUGUACACUCAACGACACGGCUUACCACAAAUUCGGUGAAACAUUCGAGUUACCAUUGAACUGAGAUCGGAUAAUGUAAUUAAAAAUAUAAUAACAUUAUAUUAUUACUAUUAUUAUUAUUAUUAUUAUUAUCAUCAUCAUUAUCGCCUUAUAAUAAUGAUAAUAAUAAUAAUAAUGAUUUAUGGUUAUUUUUUUUUUUAAUUAUUUGAUUAAGAUUUCCUUCUAGUCUCUUAAAAAAAAAAACAUAUAUACAAUUAUAAUUAUAACUAUUUUUUUUUUCAUAAUUUUUUUUUAUGAUCAAUAUAUAAUAUGCUGUUUUUGAUCGAAUUCGAUUAUUAUUAUAAUAAUAUGUAUAUUAUUAUCGUAAGUUGUAUAACUAUUUUUGAAAAUGGAAUCUUGUUUUGAACAUAAUAUAGUAAUCUAAUUAAUUAUAUUAUUAUAAUUAUAACAACUGUGACGUGUCCAUCUAGUUUGCUCU